CACUUAAUCAUUGACAACCUUUUUGAGUCCAACGAUGCAUGAGAACCAUAAAAAUCAAACGAUAAUAUAAACAUGAUAUCGUGUUUUGAAUCAGGUUUAAAUAUGUCUGAUAUUUGGAUCAACAAAAACAAAGAUGAAUUAGUUUAUAUUAACGUCUGAUAUUUGAAUUUCUGUUAUUCAGACAAAACGCACGUGCGCUGUUCUCAAAGUAUAUCUACAUGCGUAUGUUAUCAGUAACUAUAAACACGUGACCUAAAUAUAGUUUUAAUAUUUGAAAUAUGAAAAUAGCAGUUUUAGGGGCCACAGGACCUUCUGGGAUUCAGGUUAUAAAGGAGGCAUUGGAAAGGGAACAUGAGAUUACAGCAAUUGUUCGUAAUCCGGAUAAACUAACAGAAAAUCAUGAAAAUCUGAAGGUCGUUAAGGCAAACAUUUUUGACGCGGAGUCUCUGGUACCACACCUGACAGGACAAGAUGCGGUAUUAUCGUGUCUUGGAUGUACCCCAAGCUGGUUAAGCCUGUGGACUGUAACAUUCUAUAUGGACUCGGUUAAACCUGUCGUAACCGCUCUGAGACGAGCGAAUGUGAAUAGAUUCAUUUUCAUGUCGUCAUGGUACACAAAGAAUAACAGCGGUGAACCCUUCUUCAUGAAAUGGAUCAUCAAGCCCCUAUUUUUGGGACAGUCUUUGAAGAAUAUGGGAGAAAUGGAGGACUACCUAGAAAUUGAGUGUCCAGAUAUAGAUUAUACGUCCGUCCGUGCUCCACAGCUGUCCCAUUCUGCGACAACGGGUACGCCAGUGAAGUAUAACGAAGGACAGCAUGUGUCACCUGUUUCAGGUUUUAUCAUUAGCAGACGUGACGUCGCCAAGUUCAUGCUGGACGCAGCCGAAAGCGGCAACUUCAGACGGAAAUGCAUGGCAAUAGGUUCUGGGUAAUGAAGGCAAAACAGCUCGUGUUCACAGAAAAAAAGAAAACAUUUUGUCAUAAGAAGACGUGCAGACGACAAUGAGAGGAAACAUGUGGAAUUACGUUCAUUAUGUCAAUGAAUUAAAUAUCUUAAUUCUAUGUCUGAACUGUGCCAAAGAUACACGCAAUAUAGUGUAAAUUGAAAUACGGGAUAAUCCAUUUCUUCCAUCACAUUAUUUUUCAUGUCAUAAGUUGCUAUAUCAAGUCUUAGUCUAUCCAUUUUAAGAUCAACUUUAAACUUUUAUAGUAUACAUUACAAUCUACGGAUUACAGUGAAACAUGUCUGUAAAAGUGACAUAUUGGGGAACCAGAAAGUGUUCUUUAAUCAUCGGACAGGAGGGUUUAACUUGGAAAGACAGGAUGUCUGUGGUCCAUAGCACAGAUAACAAGUAAUCGUUUAAAUGAGUAGAAAAAGAGUAACCAUUUUGUCCAAUGGAAGCAUGUGCUGGAAGAAAUGUAUAUCAUAAACAGGCUGAAGUUAGCUAAAGCCAGCAUAAAGUGAACGUCAAGACCCUACCUUAUCAGUUUUAUUUUUGCAGAGUAUCUAACCUGUGGAUAAAGACUGCCCGCAAAUAACGACAAUGUUUGGCUCUCCCAACAGUGCAUGUUCUUUAUUUACAAGUUUGAUUCAUUAUAUACAAACAUUUAUGUUUACAAACGCUUGUGAUAGUUUACACAAUAGUUGCAUGUGAUAUUUUCUAAAACUGUAGAAUUGCAUUUUUUCUGACCUUUAAAUAAGUGACAUUAUCUGAAGG